CUCAUGCUUUGGAUGUUUGAUCUGGUUAACUUGAUGGUUAUCUGCCACCUGAAGGAUCGUGUAGAAGUCUGAUUAAUUUGAGAUUUAUUUGGUCUGGUUAACUUUAUCGAGCUGUCAUCAGAAGGAUUUCGUAUGUUUAACACAUACACAUCUGCUGGUCGGCGACAUUCUGCGCUUUCAGUGGAAUCGCGGCGUCUCUCCAUGGCCGAGACUAAAAGCAGACCAGAGUCGCUGGAGUCUCGGAGACUUCAUGCGCCCGAGAUGCCCAGCAGAGCUUUUGGCGGUCAGAGGGAGGACGUGCGGGAGUUAUUCAAAUCCAAAGUUAGGAUGUUUGAGUCCAUGUCACAAGGUACGGCGCCUGGGCCCGCCAAGCUCAAACCUGAUGUCAGCGUGCAUCAGUUGGAGUUAAAAGACAUGAAGAAUAAAGAGCAGAUUCUGCGCAGUCGGGUAGAAAUACUCACCGCUGACGGGGUCAAACUUAAAGAACUGAAUGAGAGAAACCAGGCAGAGAUCAAACAGCUGAAGGCCACAGUUUGUGCUCUGAGGGAAAGUGAAGACUCUUUAAAGCAGCAACAUGUCGGCAUCACCUACGAGCUGUCUCACCACGAGUCUCUGACAGAGAGACAGAACCAGCAGAACAAAGAUCUGAAAACGGCCGUGCAAGAUCUUCAGCGCCUGCUGGAUGAGGCUGAGCAGCUAAUCUUUGAUAAAGACGAGCUCAUAAAAAAACAAGACCGUGAAAUUGAGUUCAGUCGGCAACUGGUGGAGGAGCUCAACGCCAAAAGAACUGAUAUGAACCAAUCGAUCCGUGAUCUUAAAGAGCAGCUAGAGACGAGGCAGGAGGAGGAGGUCCUGGCUGGUGUUGAGAACUUCAGUCGGCAUUGUUCACUUUGGGCUGAAAAGUGUGAGAACCUCACCGCUGAAAGGGACCAACUUCUAUCUGUCAGGGAGAAACGCAACACUGAGAUCGAAAGGCUGAGAGUGGCGCUGCAGAGUCUUCAGAUCAAAGAGAAGUUUCUGAAUGAGGAUGUCCACAAUCUCACUGCUGAGGGGGUCCGACUUAAAGAACUGAAUGAGACGAACCAGGCAGAGAUCAAACAGCUGAAGGCCACAGUUCGUGCUCUGAAGGAAAGUGAAGACUCUCUAAAGCAGCAGCAUGUCGGCAUCACCAACAAGCUGACUGAGAGACAAAUCCAACAGGACAAAGACCUGAAAACUGCCGUGCAAGAUCUUCCAAUCAGCCGACUGAAUGUGGCUGAGCAGCAAAUCUUUGAUAAAGAUGGCUGUAGGAGGAGGCAGGAGGAGGAGGAGGAGGUCUUGGCUGGUGUGGAGGAUUUCCGUCUGCAAUGUUCACUUUUGGCUGAAAAGUGUGACAGCCUCACAGCUGAAAGGGACCAACUUAAAUGUCUCAGGGAGGAACACCACGCAGAGGUUGAGCAGCUGAGGGUGGCACUGCAGAGUCUUCAGGACAAAGAGAAGUUUCUGAACGACGACGUCAACAGUCUCACUGCCGAGGGGGUCCGAUGCGAGAGUCUGAUUCAGAAAAACCAAGCGGAGAUCAAACAGCUGAAAAGGACGGCUCAGACGGUGACUGAGCACCGUUUGGUAGCGGUGCAGCAACUUGAAACUCUGAUGGACAAAAAACAAAGAGAGAUCGAAAGACUGAGCGAGGCGCUGCAGAGUCUUCAGGACAAAGAGCUGAUUCUGAACGAGCAGGUAGAGAAUCUCACGGCCGAGGGGGUCCGAUAUGAGAGUCUGAUUCAGAAAAACCAGGCAGAGAUCAGACGGCUGAAAAGGACGGCCCAGACUGAGACCGAACACCAUUUGGCAGAGGUGGAGCAGCUUGAGUCUCUGAUAGACGAAAAACAAAGAGAGAUUGAGAGACUGAGAGUGGCGCUGCAGAGUCUUCAGACCAAAGCGAAGUUUCUGAGUGAGGACGUCAACAGUCUCACCGCUGACGGGGUCCAACUUAAAGAACUGAAUGAGACGAACCAGGCAGAGAUCAAACAGCUGAAGGCCACAGUUCGUGCUCUGAGGGAAAGUGAAGACUAUCUAAAGCAGCAACAUGUCGGCAUCACCUACGAGCUGUCUCACCACGAGUCUCUGACAGAGAGACAGAACCAGCAGAACAAAGAUCUGAAAACGGCCGUGCAAGAUCUUCAGCGCCUGCUGGAUGAGGCUGAGCAGCAAAUCUUUGAUAAAGACGAGCUCAUAAAAAAACAAGACCAUGAAAUCGAGUUCAGUCGGCAACUGGUGGAGGAGCUCAACGCCAAAAGAACUGACAUGAACCAAUCGAUUUGUGAUCUUAAAGAGCAGCUAGAGACGAGGCAGGAGGAGGAGGUCCUGGCUGGUGUUGAGAACUUCAGUCGGCAUUGUUCACUUUUGGCUGAAAAGUGUGAGAACCUCACCGCUGAAAGGGACCAACUUCUAUCUGUCAGGGAGAAACGCAACACUGAGAUCGAACAGCUGAAGGUGCUCAUAGAAACACGAGGCCGUGAGAUUGAGAACAAUCAGCAACUGGUAGAGGAGCUUUACGUCAGAAGAACCGAGAUGAACCAAUCCAUCUGUGAUCUCCAACACCAGCUAGAGGUGAGGCAGGAGCAGAAGGUCUCACCUGAACCAGACUCACCUGAGAAGCUGAGAGAUGACGACCUCCUUGAGAGUCCACCUGCAGGACGCCGCGCUCCUGAGGUUCAGACCAGUAGCUUCUGGUGCCGCUGUGUUAAACGUCUACUGAUAAUAGGUGUGGGUGUUGUCCUGACCACUGCAGGUGCACUUCUUUCUGGGAACUCCUUGGCCUACAACAUUUUCAUGGACAGUCAGCACGCCUACUGCAACCUAGAGCCUGGAGUACCUUGUCCCGUUUAGACAGGACUACCUGACCCUGACCAGAACAGUUUUCAACUGAAGAAACAGAAGAAGUGGGAGAAGAAGUCCAGAUGUUGGUCUGACAGGGUCUCCUGAGUGCAGUGACCAUGUUCUCUGGGUUUUUUAUACGGGUUUUCUCCGUGUACUACGGUUUACCCAAUCGCAUUCGCGUUUAAAAAAAUACACAAAGAACAAUGUGUAGAAUUGAACGGUUGGACCCCCACAGCCGUCCGUGUGUGACAUCGCUCCCUGGGUUUUCAUACGGGUUUUCUCCGGGUGCUCCGGUUCGCCCACUAGCAUUCGCUUGUAAAAAAAGAUAAAUGACGGGGCGCUGCUCAGCUCGGUUGGUAGCAUGCGCGUCCCAUGUGCCGAGGCUCUGCAGCGGACCCGGGUUUGACUCCCGGCCCGGGUCCCUUUGCUGUUUGUCACUCCCCCUCUCUGUUUCCUGUCACUAUCUUUGAGCUGCACUAUCAAUAAAGCCAGAAAGGCCAAAAAAAGAUAAUGAGUGAGGAACAAACAACAAACAAAAGUUCAUGGUUGUGGAGGUGAAUGUCCUUCAUUCAUUCUGGACCUGGACCGCCUGGUCUAGAUGUCCUGAAGGCAGGGCAGUGCCAGUGCUUGUGAUGCUCUCAGCACAUCGGAUCACUCCAUGGAGAGAUUUCCGGUCCUGGGUGCUGUAGUUGCCGUUCCAGGCAGUGAUGCUUCCAGAGAUGACAGACUGGAUAGCAGCAGAGAAGAAGAAGGUUUUCAACAGCCCUGAGAUCUUAAAUGUCCUCAGACGUCUGAAGUGAUACAGGUGCUGCCUUCUUCACCUUCCUUCUGACCCAAGUCUCGAUGACUACAGUGGGAUCAGCUGAUGCAGUUUUCUGAAGAAGGAUCUGAUGUUAACUGACCACUGUGCACCAUCCCAGGCCUGUAGCUUCAGGGAGAAUCACCUGACCGGCAGUAAAGUGAGGCGCGUCUUUGCUGGUUGAGUCAUUCCCAACUGGUUCUCUCAGCCAAGGCCCGUGUUCUGUUUCAGGCAGCUGAAGGACACAAACAAGAGCAGGGAUGGUUGAGAAUAAGCUGCCGAUGUAAACAACAAAUGUCUGGAAAUGUUGUUUAAAGCACCAAUAUCAAGAUUAGUUUGUUUAUAUCAAUCAUCAGUACAUUUUUUAAAAACAUUAACAAAGUCUUAUAACUGUCAGCAG